GUUGUUGAUUUUGCAAAUAACUUUCAGUGAAUUCUGCCUACGGUGUUAUUUAUUAUCAAUAAUGGCUGAUUUAGCUCAAAUAGAUCAACUAGCUGAUACUGAAUUAUCACGUCUGCAGUUGCAGAACCGUGAACUUAAAACAGACAUACGAAAUUUGCUUGAUGAGAAGCGGUCGCAACUUGUUACGCAAAAUAAAAUGAUAAGUUUACUCAAUUCUGAAAGUGAAAAGUUACAACUGGAGUAUGACACCCUGAGGCAGGUUUUUGGAGCUAAACAUCAGAAUGAGGUAAAUAAGCUACUGGUGAAUGUGUUGGAUCAACACACUGAGAUACACAACGCCUACAAACAGGAGAAAAUCAAUCUCUGGGAAUUAGAAGGACAUAUUAAGAAGGUAGAAAAGCAAAUCACCGCUCUCCAAACGAAUAAAGUCACUGAUAAUUGUUACAAGGAGACGAUAUUGAAAGUACAAAGGGAUGUCGUUACUUUGGAAAACCGGUUGGAUGUAGUAAGCAAAAAGUGUUGCGCAGUUUUGGCUGAAAAUACCAAACUAAGACAGUCGAUUGAUCAUAUGUUGCAAUAUAGAGCUCAAUUUAACGAUUUAUGGCAAGAGCUAGUGAAUCAAUUCAACAAUGGAAAGAAGACCAUCAUGGACUUAAUUGAUCAAUCGAUUGUCGCCUUUGACCAUCGGGAGGAACUUUGCAACAAGCUUCAAUUUGUAAGGGAUAAAACCGAAUCUGAUAAAUUGGUUCAUAUUCAGGAAAUGCGUGAGCUUCAGCGAAGUCUCGAACACAAUGCGAAAUUACAAUACUUCUACGAUAUCAAAGGACAAAAGCGAACAAAUGCAGACUUGGAAGAGAGAGAAAUCAAUAAGAAAAUACAACAACGUGAACAACUUGAAAAGGAUAUAAAUGAAUACAAGGACAUAAUUGCUAAAAUUCAAGAUCUAGUGGGCGAAGUGGAAAUUGAAAAAUUGGCCGGUAAAUAUACACACCAUGAAGAGGAGAACUUCGCUAUCUUUAAUUACGUGAACGAACUUAGUAGCGAGGUAGAAACAUUGAAUGGUGUUGUCCGGAAGUACAUUGAAGAUAUAGAGGUUGAAACGGAGCUCAAGAAAGAGUCUGCCUACAGAGGUGAGACAGAAUCAGUAGUACACCUUGAAACGGAAAGGGAAAUUGCCUAUAAAAACAGCAUGAAUGCCCUCGAUGACAAAACUAUUAUGGAUGAGAAACAUAAGAAGUUGCUGCGAGGAAUUGAGCAGAUUUUCUGCAUGACUGAAACGGAGGAUGCUCCUAUUUUAAGUGUGCUUGGUCAGAAAAAUAAUAUAACUGGUCAGAAUAUUGGUCUCAUUAUUGGAAUAAUAAAUAGGCGCGUUGAUAAUAUUGUUGGAAGUCUAACUUUGGACGAUUUCAAGAUACUAACGAAGAAGGACAGAGUCCCCAAGUUUAAUGUAAAAGAACUGAUUAAUAAAAAAAAUAAAUAA